UUUACUCCUGGAUGUGAAAAUCAACAAAUGCCCACUCAGUUUUAACAACCAUACUUUGUGUUUCCAUGUUUUCACAUAUAGAGGCGUAAUGAAUUUAAACUUUACGCUCCCAGGGCACAACUUUGCCGGCUUUGGUGCGCUGGCGCAGAGACUUUUUGAGAAUAACUCACUGUUUCCAUUUGAAAACGCCACCGCCGCUUCCAAGACGGAGGAGGAAGACUUGGAAGUUAACACGGACGUUUACUCCAGGGUGGUCGUCACUGUCAUCUACGCUGCUCUGUUCGCUGUGGGCUCUUUGGGAAACUCCAUCACCCUGUACACCCUGCUGACCAAAAAGACCCUGCAGAACCUCCAGAGCACCGUGCACUACCACCUGGCCAGCCUCGCCGUCUCCGACCUGCUGAUCCUCGUCCUCUCCAUGCCCAUCGAGCUCUACAACUUCAUCUGGUUCCACCACCCAUGGGUGUUCGGGGACGCCGUGUGCAGGGGUUACUACUUCCUCCGGGACAGCUGCUCCUACGCCACAGCGCUCAACAUCGCCAGCCUGAGCGUGGAGCGCUACAUGGCCAUCUGCCACCCGUUCAAAGCCAAGAGCAUCAUGUCUCGCAGCCGCACCAAGAAGCUCAUCAGUGCCAUGUGGAUCGCGUCCUUCGCGCUCGCUGCGCCGAUGCUCUUCGUUAUGGGCCAAGAGUCGCGUCAAGGGGAGAAGAUAUGCACCGCUAUCGUCUCUCCCGUCACCAUCAAGACCGUGCUUCAGAUUAAUGCAUUUCUGUCCUUUGUGAUACCCAUGGUGGCCAUAUCUGCACUGAACGGGGUCAUAGCCAAUCAGUUGCUGCGAAUGUUCCGCGAAGCAGAGCAAGAAAACCGUGUCUGCAUCAUUGGGGGAAAUCCCACCAUGCUGAAUGUCACUGUGGAGCCCAACCGUGCUCAGUCCCUUCGACAUGGAGUUCUUGUUCUCCGAGCGGUGGUCAUAGCCUUCGUGGUGUGCUGGCUGCCCUAUCACGCUCGCCGCCUCAUGUUUUGCUACAUCUCUGAGUGGUCCGAUAACUUGUAUGACUUCUACCACUAUUUCUACAUGCUGACAAACGUCCUGUUUUACGUCAGUUCAGCUAUCAAUCCAAUCCUCUACAACCUGGUGUCGGCCACCUACCGCCAGAUCUUCUUCUCCACGCUGCGCUACUUCUGCGUGCCCUGCCGCCAUACACCCAGGAGGCACCCCCACCCCCUAACCCGCCACUCCAUCAGCAUCUCCAGUAACCAUACCCUCUCCACCAACAUCAUCAAAGAGACGGUAUACUGAUUGAACCGCAAUGGAAUACACUUUCUGAUACUAUAAACCCAUCUGCAGCCACCUUGUGAUUUCUCCACCGGCUUCAUAGAGGAAAUUCUGGAACUGGUUUGGAGACUGUUGGCACAGGUUAAGCCAGCACUGGGAUCACCAUCAUUGUCAUGUGGGGUCAAGUACCCACUCUGAAACCACUGUGAUCUAAUUUUAGAUGCACACUGUAUUAUGUGUUUGUGUGUUGUGUCUUUAUUCAUUUAACAUGAGUUUGUGGGAUUAAAAAAAAAGAAAAAAAGAUUGGUCGAUGAAAGAAAAAAAAGGUGAAAAGGAUGGACAAACAGUGAUAAAGCAUCUCUUAAAAUGGAAACUGAUAUGUAAAUGUUUUGUACAGUAUAUUUCUAUGUACAUGUUUUUAAUGGACCCAUCAUUCACACUUGCUUGGUGUUUGUACAGUGUUCAUGGCUCUACUGUUUCAGUGUUUUUUAAAAAUCAACCUCUUGAAAGUACUUUCUCUACAACAAAUGACCUCUGGCAAUACUUUCACCCCAACAAAAGUUCUGAUGUAACCCUCCAUUGUGCUAUUUUUGGUGAGGAUCUGACGAUAAACUGGCUUUGAUGUUAGAAAAAAAGGGGCAGAGAGUUGGUAUUUCUCUUUCCUGAAUCUAAGUUGCAUUGACAAGAGGGAAGAGUCUUGCAUCAUUACCACUAUCUUCUCUUGCCUUGCUUUGUUCCAAGCAGCAUCAGAGUCCAGGUGAAGCAAAAUCACUGAUUUCUUUCUAGAUACAUUAUACUUGUUAGAAAAUUGAGCACAUAGCAGCAGUGUCAUCUCCUUCAGUCCCUGUGUGUGAGUGACACGUUUGCUACAUUCAGUAAGCUCUAUUAACUCUUUGAGUCUAACAAAUACACAAUUGGCAAGUCUGUUAAGGGCAACACAAGCCAGAUAGCCGUCACUAACAUAACUUUCAGUCUUUUAGCUCAAAUCGGUGAACCAGCCCUGCCGUUACUGCUUACUGCUGUGGGUGUGUUCGUUCGUUCAUUCAUUCAUUCAUUCAUUCAUUCAUUUUCCAUAAUCCUUUGUCCUGUUAGGGGUCGCGAGAGUGCUAGGGCCUAUCCAAGCUGACACUGGGCGAGAUGCAGGGUAUGCCCUGGACAUGUCGCCAGACUAUCAAAGGGCUGACACAUAGAGAAGGACAACCAUUCAUGCUCACGUUCACACAUACAGGCAAUUUAGAGUCACCAGUUAACCAAGCCUGCAUGUCUUUGGACUGUGGGAGGAAGCUGGAGUACCCAGAUUAAACCUACCCUGAUGUGGGGAGAACAUGCAAACUCCACACAGAAGUGAUGUGCCACUAUAGACCGUGCUACUGAGUUAGCUGUCACUUUGCAGCAGCUCGUUUGUCAGCUCAGCCUGCAUCUUAGAGCACAGAAUACUGGUUAUUUUUUCAGCAUUUUGAAACCCAAUUUAUAUACUUGGUGAUUUUUGUAAAAGUAGUUUAAGUAAAAACUUUUUUGAACAUAGGGUGAGUACAGUUGAUAAUAGAUCCCUAGACUCUGAAAUAAGAAUGUGAAUGAAAUUGAAAAUAUUGCAUACAAAGAUUAUGAUUACUUCUGGUAACUGUUUUCUGCAUUCAUUAAAAAAUGUGAAUUAAGUGUGUAGACAGAGGACAAGUGGCUGUAAGUGACUCUUUGAAGUAUUUGUACAUAAGUGACCAUGUGGACUCGUUAGAAAUUAAUUAAUGCAAAGACACAAGUAUGCUUACCUGGAACAUAGUGUCGCAUGUGGGAGCAGAAAAGGAGCACUUCAACAGUUACAGAGCACCCACGCUAAUAUCUCCCACCAGCUGUUGCUUGAGCAGUCGGAGGCAGGAACAGAUCAGGGGACUCAAACAUUUUCUUUAAGAGCAAAACCAAGAUGUGAAACAAUCUGGACUCUCUGUCAUUAUGGCACUCAAGAAGUGCUGUGGGGGAUUAGAAAAUCGCCAUUGCCAUCAUUUAUCCAUGAUUCAGCAACAGCAUUUUGAAAAGCCAGAAAAUUGAGCUUGUGCAAGGGGCCACUCUUUUAACCAGAAUGGUUAUUACUAGCCCAGUGCACUUAACCAAUAUCCCUAAAAAAUUCUGCACCUUAAUGUUCAGUGCCAAUGUGAGAAGUAGUGUGCCCUUUAUGUAGCAUGGCAGAAAGGAGGUGGAGGUCAAGGUGCUUACAGACCUGCAGUUAAUGUUGGCCAUUCUUAUGCCUCCAUGCUGGGAAUAUCCAUGGCUGGAGUCAUUAUGUAUUUGGGUAUAUCCCGUGAAUGCAGUAUCCCAAGGUAUCAUGAGGCAAAUUUUUCAAAUUUAACACAAAUAUCCACUUUGACUUGAACUGAUUAGGUUACAGAGGUCAAACGUCAAGGUCACUGUGACCUUGUCUAUCUUAUUCUCAUGAAGGUGACAUCUCAAGAACUCCCUGAGGGAUUUUAUUUAUUUUUUUUUUCAAAUUUGGCACAAACGUCUACUUUGAGUCGAGGAUAAACUGAUUAGGUUAUGUUGGUCUAAGGUCAAGGUCACCAUGACCAUGACCUUGACCUCUGUGGACCGUGCUAACGUGCGCGCGCUAACGUGUGCGUGCUUGCGUGCGAGACCAGCGAAAGCAUGUGAACACACAUGAAGGCGGUGCCCAGGUCUCACGGUCUCGCGCAAGCGCACACAUGUCAGCUCAGUGUACAGAGAGGCAGUCAGAGCUACAGGCUAUAGUGAGGCUAAAACAACUUUUUAUGUCGGGACUUCAGGACACUUGGAUCACUACGGAAGAGCAAUAUGGAGGUAUUUUGUGUUUUCAAUUAUGUGCUCUUGGACGUUUUAAUCUGGGUCGCCAUCAGCCAUUAGGUGUGCAGUUGUGCUGCUACCCCCUCUCCCCUUGGAUCUUUGCAAGGGAUGUGAGGACUCUUAAACUUCACCUGAGCCUCCCUCAGUAUAUGGGUGAGUAGAUAAUGGCUGAAUUUUCAUUUUUGGGUGCACUAUCCCUUUAAAGCAAGGUGAAGGGGUUGGGGCAUGAUUUAUAUAUUAUCAAGAAAUCCGACAGGCUCUCAUUUUAGAAGCAGACCUUCGCCUUAACAUUAACCAUACCUCAACCAGAGUUCAUUUGCCAUAACCUCAGAAUUCUAAAAACAUUAGCAAAGAAGCUAAAAAGCACUGUCACUGGAUGUAAUCAAGAAUUUUGCUGAAAUGUCCAGACAUUUCAGAAAGAACAGGGAAUACAAUUAUUGUUGAGUAAUUUAUUGAGUAAAUCCACAUUUGAUACAGGACCCUGAGUGAGAAGCUGUUUUAAUGGGUCAUUGUAAUCAUAUUAGUUGAAAUCUGCCAAGUUUUCCUCUGUAGAAAAUUAAUGGACAGCCAGUGACUUGGUGCUUGUCUUGUCAUUAUUCUGAGGCAUAGGUGUUUACAGUGUGUAGAGUAUGAGGGCAAUGCUGUCUCCAUGCAGGUACUUGUAUGUUCCCCAUGAAGUACACGACUUACAAAUGAUAGCACUUGUGAAUGUGCUUCUGAGGAAAUCAGAUUCUGUUUUUUGCUGUAAUAUAAACAAGUAGGCUCAUUAAAUCAGCAACGCUGGACCAUUUUAUUCACAAGAGGUUCUUUUCAGCUGAUGAGGGAGCCCAGCCUGAUUUCAGUUUACUACAAAAUGGAGAUCAAUUGAUUUCAUUAUAAACGGCUCUAGUAAUUACAAGGUCGCAGCAGCCCAAUCAUUUGAUGUCUGCACUGUUUAUGUUACUGAAGUCCUUCUUUCCUUUUUUCUUUUUUUAAUCUUGCAUCUUGUUUUUAUGUUUGCCAGGUAAAAACCAACGGUUGAAAUGAUGUAUUGAGUGUUCACAAAAUCCCAUGAAUGAGUAGAACCAAUGUAGCAGUCUUGUCAUCAUUAAAGACUCUACAACAAUGCAGGCAGCUCUGUGAGGCUGUAGCAUAGAUUUAUAACAAUAACUAGAUACAAGAUCCCAAGGUGGCGCCUAUCUAAUCCAAUGGCGAUGUGCCCCUGCCACAUAUGCCAAAAAAAAAAAAUGUCUAGCCCUCAGGUUUACUUCCACAGUAUGCGGCCGCUGCAUGUGCGCAGUACUAUUUGUCCUACUGGCUCUGCCCAUGAAUUCCUGCUUUGCUCACAGACUUCACAAUGUGAUGACAUCACAGAUUUCAAUCAUUUUUUUCAGCGUAUGGAAAGUUUUACAAAUAUAAAACCUUUAUCUUUCUUAAUAGAAUUAUUGCCCUUUUAUGCAUUUUGCGGUAUCCUGUAAAGCGUUUUACAGACAAAUUUUAUAUAAAGGUGGUCUAUGGGAAAUGUUUUUAGGGCCAUGGAGAAUUUUUCCACUACAAAGCCAUGACUGGCCCCCUGGGAAUAAUUGGAAGCAAGGCUGAGCUGCUUUCCUGGGGGCCUGGGCUGCACACAGGCACAGACGUACUCUGAGUUCAAAGUUAACAUCAGCAUGCUAACAUUCUUACAGUGACACUGCAAACAUGUUAAUGCUAAGCAGUUUGCCAAUUUAGCAUGCCGACAUUUGCUAAUUAGCACUUAACACAACAGAGCAACAGAGGCUGAUAGAAAUGUCAUUUCAUUUGAAAGUAUUUAGUAAUUAACCGGGGAACGAGAAUCCAUCCAAUAGCUGCUGAGAAAUUUUUCACACACACACACACACACACACACACACACACACACACACACACACACACACACACACACACACACACACACUCAAGCAUUCACACACAAAGACAAAUGUAAACCCUAUGGUAGCACUUAGUAUGGAAAAGUGAGGGGUCACCAAAGUCAUUAAAGCUGAAAUUAGAAAAAAUUAAAAUGCCUUUUAACGCUUUACAUCACAUCCACAUCCAUAUUUUUCACCUAUUCAACAAUGUAUGCCUAAAAAAAUACAAAGUAAAAUUUCUUCAUAUCAAAAUUCAAUCAUGUUUUUAAUUUUUUUUUAAUAUGACAUGUGCUUAUGUAAGCUAGUACCAACCAAUUUCAACUAAUAAUAUCAUGACAUCCACCCAUCAAUCGAUCUGCAACUUUAGUCGCACAGAGCUGAAAUUAUUCAUUGGCUGGCUAGCAACAACAUGCUUCAUUGGUAUGUCUUUGGGUGUUGGCCACUACAGUUGUUAUGUUCUGUCCUCCCAAAAUAGGUAUAGUUAGGGGUCCGCUGCCUAGAAUUUCUUCACUUUGAUAUCUGUGACAGUUUCAGGUUAUGCACGAAGCAUCUUAUAGUUAUAUUAAUACUGCUUGAGCAUCAAAUGGACUUCGCCUCUUUUUCCCAUGGGUGUAUAAAGAGAAGUGGAUACCAUAUUGAAGGUUGGGCCCCGUUCAUCCCUAUUAAAUUUGCUCAGUGAUGCACAAAGCCAAAAAAGUUCAACUGCCGUGUACAAAAUUACGUGCAUGAUCAGUGCUGCUUCCACAUUGUGUGGCCAAUGCAGAAGGCUCAGUAGAAACUUCCAUCGGUCAAGAUGGCAACUUCCAGUGUAGCGCUCCGCUGACUUGAAUUAAAGGAAUAAAACGAUUCAAUCUUGCAGCUCCUCCUGACCUUCACAAUGUUAUCAGACAAAUGGAUUAAUUCCCAGUAGUGAAACAAGUUGUUCUGUGAGGGUUGUGAAAAAAAAAGUAUCACUGAUUUAAAGACAUCUCUUGGCACAUGAGACAAUAGGAAGUCUUUUUGAGUCCAAAGGCAUGACAUGACAGUGUUACAAUGAAGGUAAUUUAGUCUAUUAAGUCUAAAUUAUCCUUUCAACAUCACUAACAGGUCUUAAUGACCAUUCAUGAUGUUUAACCACAAGGUGGCUGCUCUGCAGUGGGCUAUUUAGAAUUAUCUAGUGCUUUAACUUUGCAGCAUCAGGACAGUGAAAAUAAAUGAAUAUGUACUUGGAAUCCAUAGCUACACUAGCUAGAGAGACUCAGGACUAGCCACUGCUAUAGAGGUUCAGCAAAAUAUAGCUGAAAAGGCACUAGGCCACAGAGGUAUGGUGCACAUUUUAGUUGAUAAAAACAUUUGUACAACUGAACAUGGUAUAUGAAUAUCGGAAUGCUAGAAAAAAAGAACUGUUAUUUAUUUCCAUAUAAUGGUCAUCACUUCUGUGUACUCAGUAUGUACCUCUUUAAUGCAUUACACCUACGUUUGCCAACUAAAACUACAAUGAUCCCCGGGACUGCUGUACUGUAAAAGCACUGCUGCAUAACACAGCAGUAUAAGAAAGCUCAACCUCUGUGUAUUAUUUUUAUUAUGCCAUGGUUGUUUGUUUAAUAUAAAGUACUUUAUUAUUAUUGGUAAUAAUAAUAUUGGUGACAGUUAUUAGCUGUGCUUUGUAUUGGUUGAUAUGACUCUGUGUUCCUGUAAAGUAUCUGUGUUCUUGUUGACUCUGUGGAGGCUUUAGUCACUUUCUAUGUUUCAUAUAAAACUUAUUUCAGCCAAACAUCAGAUUCCCUAACCCAAAGAUCCACCAGACAUACUGAAUGAAAUAUAUUAAAAAAAACUGUAUAGCCCUUUAAUUUUGCGAACUAUUUAGAUACGUUUUCUGUACUUUUCUGCACAGACCUAUAAAUAGAUUAUAAUCUGAAUAUGUCUUGGCCCAGUGUUUAUUGUAUUUAAAUCAAAGAAAUGUUUUGCUUCUUUCAACUGAUGGUUCCAUUUUAAUGUAUAUGCCAUGUUUCUCUAACAGAAUGUUAUUACAUUUCAUUUUAAAAAUAAAUAA